UAUGGUUUUAUGAUAAAUCCUGAUGGAAGAUGGUAUGGGCUGUGGGUGAAUGUGAUAGUUCUGUGGGCGAUCUACUCCAUCUUCUUCACUUCGCUAGAGUUUGGCUUCUUCAGAGGCCUGCCAGAGCAGUUGGAAGGCCUGGACUGCGCGCAGAUCAUUUUCUUGGUCGACAUAGUCAUUCAAUUCUUUGUUCCUUACAGGGACCUGGAGACCUACAAAAUGAUCAGCCAUAGGAGGAAGAUUGCUUUGCGCUAUCUCAGGGGAAGUUUUGCAGUUGAUCUUCUUGGAUGCUUCCCAUGGGAUUCCAUCUACAAGGCAACAGGAAACGAAGCAAUCCGGUUCCUCACAUGGGUUCGAGUAUUUCGCGCGAGGAAGAUCAUUCAAUUCUUCAAGAUGAUGGAGAAGGACAUCAGGAUCAACUAUCUCGUCACGAGGAUAGUGAAGCUUCUUAUGGCUGAAUUGUAUUGCGCACACACAGCUGCAUGUGUGUUCCAUUACCUAGCAUUAAUGGUGCCACAAGAACAAGAAGGGAAUACAUGGAUUGGAAGCCUGACACUAGGUGAUUACCAAUACAAGAACUUCAGGGAUAUUCACUUUUGGAGACGAUACAUCACCUCCUUAUAUUUCUCCUUCGUUACAUUGGCAACUGUUGGAUAUGGAGAUAUACAUCCUGUGAAUACCAGGGAGAUGAUUUUUGUCAUGGUCUACAUAUCUCUGACCAUGAUACUCGGAGCUUAUGUGAUUGGCAAUAUGACUGCAUUGAUUGUUAAGGGAUCGAAGACCGAGCAAUUUCGAGACAGGAUGUCAGAUCUCAUCGAGUACAUGAACAUUAAAAAACUUGAGAAAGGUAUAAGAUCACAGAUCAAAGACCAUUUUAGACUGCAGUAUGAGAAUAGCUACAGGAAAGAAUAUAUUCUGGAGAACAUCCCAGUAGCUGUGAGAUCCAAGAUAUCUCGAACUCUAUAUCUCGAUUUGAUACGUAAAGUCCCCCUUUUCAAAGGAUGUUCGGAGGAAUUCCUUUAUCAGAUUGUGAUGAGGCUGAAUGAAGAACUGUUUCUCCCAGGAGAAAUGAUUGUAGAACAAGGAAGUCCAGCCAAUCGAAUCUACGUAGUACUUCAGGGAUAUCUGGAGGAACUCUUCAUUGGAGAAGAUGGCGCAGAGGAACCAAUCGUGGAACUCACGACCUCUGAUACACUGGGCGAUGUGGCUUUACUCUGCCACAUCCCGCAGCCAUUUGCAGUGCGUGUUUGUGAACUCUGUAAAGUCUUGCUGAUAGAAAAGCAAUCGUGGGGCAACAUAUUGCAGCUGCACAUGAAGGAUCAUACCCAAAUGCUCAUCAACUUACUUGAGAAACGGAGAGAACCAAGCAUCUUGCAGCUGGAGCCGCACAUCAGAUACCUUAUCGCAAAGCAAGAAGAAGAACUAGCAUUAGGCCUCAGCAGCACUGCUUAUUACGGGGACAUCAACCGUCUUAAACUCCUAAUCAAUGGAGGAGCAGAUCCAAAUACUGCAAAUUAUGAUGGCAGAACUGCGCUCCAUAUGGCUGCUGGUAGAGGACAUGAGAAGGUAGUGAAGUUUCUUAUCAAACGAGGAGUCGAUGUUAAUUGCAUAGAUAAGUUUGGAAACUCUCCAUUGUUGGAAGCUUUGAAGGCAGGACAUGAACUGAUUGCAGCAGUCCUGGUGGAAAAUGGUGGCAUCGUGAAUCUGAAUGAUGCUGGGAGAUUUCUCUGUGAAGCUGUCACAGAUAACAACGUAAAGUUACUACGAGGGUUGCUGAAAUAUGGAGUUGAUCCAAACUCCAGAAACUAUGAUGAAAGGACACCACUUCAUGUUGCUGCUUCACAGGGCUUGCACCAUGCUGCUACUAUGCUGAUUGAGUCUGGAGCAGAUGUUCUUUCUAAAGACAGGUGGGGAAACACAGCUGUUGACGAGGGGCGUAGAUGCGCGAGCCAACAUCUAGUUAAUAUUCUUGAAGAUGCACUAGUAAAGCAAGAAAACAAGUGA